CGAAACAAAGGGUUUGGUUUUUCACAUCGCGGCCAACCAAAAAAGCUAUCGUCAUCCGCCUCCGUCUCACCACCGUCUUCCUCCUCCUCCUCCGCCCUCUUACCCUAACCCUAAUCUCGUUAAUAUUUCCGUUUCAAGCAUACCGAGUGGAGCUGCUUGUGUUUUUGUCAUGGCUCAGCAGCAGUCCUCGCGUCUCAAUCGGUUACUCACUCUAUUAGACACUGGUUCGACUCAAGCAACAAGAUUUACUGCCGCAAGGCAAAUUGGAGAUAUUGCCAAAUCACAUCCUCAGGAUUUGAGUUCUCUUUUAAAGAAGGUUUCUCAAUAUCUCCGUAGUAAAAACUGGGAUACAAGAGUUGCUGCUGCCCAUGCGAUUGGGGCUAUUGCUCAGAAUGUUAAGCACACAUCUUUGGCUGAAUUAUUUGGUUGCAUAGAAACAAAGAUAUCUGAGGCUGGCAUUUCAGGUGUUGUUGAAGAUUUGGUUGCUUGGCCUGAUUUUCAUUCUAAGAUCAUAUCAAGUGGUUCAUUUAGAAGUUUUGAUAUCAACAAAGUGUUGGAGUUUGGUGCUCUAUUGGCAUCUGGGGGGCAGGAGUAUGAUAUUGCAAAUGAUAAUUCCAAGAAUCCAAGGGAGCGAUUGGCUCGUCAAAAACAGAACUUGCGACGUCGUCUCGGUUUGGAUGUUUGUGAGCAGUUUAUGGAUGUCAAUGAUGUAAUUAGAGAUGAAGAUCUUGUUGUCCAAAAAUUAAACCCCCAAGGAAAUGGAUUGGAGCAUAGGUUUUAUAUGCCUCCGUCUGCACAUAACAUCCAGCGACUUGUUGCAAGUAUGGUUCCUAAUGUUGUAUCUAAAAGGCCAAGUGCAAGGGAACUGAAUCUCUUAAAGCGAAAAGCAAAAAUAAAUUCGAAAGACCAAGCAAAAGGUUGGACUGAGGAGGCUGAUACAGAGGUGUCAUUUGCUCAGAGUACAACUCCAAAGGCCUCAAUUCAAGAUUCAUUUAACUCUAAUAAGGUAGAUGCUGAUGAAGACAAUUUUGAGCAUGAUGGAGAUGGGAGGUGGCCUUUCCGUGGUUUUGUUGAACAAAUUAUCCUUGAUAUGUUUGACCCCAUUUGGGAGGUUCGCCAUGGUAGUGUUAUGGCAUUGAGGGAAAUUUUAACCCAUCAUGGUGGUUCUGCUGGGGUGCUUAUGCCUGACUUGAGUUUGGAUGGUGCCGUAGAUGAUCUAAAAGAUCUGGAUUAUUCAAGCACGGUGAAAAGAGAGAGAGAAAUUGAUUUGAAUAUGCAAGUUUCGGCUGAGGAGUUGGAACCACAUCUGAAAAGGCCAAAGUUAGAAGAAGGAACAUCUCUAUCAACUGGUACCAUGUCCUCUACUGCUUGUGGUGGUAACUUUGACAUCACUGUCAAGGUUGAAGAUGGUGGAUGGAAUAUCCCUGCAGGACAAGUUAAUGGUCAAGUUGAUGUUAAUGCUGUUAAGAUGGAGGAAUGUGAUAAUUACACUGAUGGGAUAUCUUGUUCAUCUAAAGGUGCAGCUGUUGUAAUGGAGCCAAAGGGUCACUGUGAAGAUAAGGGUUCUAUUGUGAAAUCAGAUAUACUGAACAACCUUGCAGAAAAUAGUGACCUGACGAACUUUGUUAAACUUGCUAGGCAUUCAUGGAUGAAAAACAGUGAAUUUCUUCAAGAUUGUGCAAUUCGUUUCUUAUGCAUUUUAUCAUUAGACCGUUUUGGAGAUUAUGUGUCUGACCAGGUUGUUGCUCCAGUAAGGGAAACUUGUGCACAAGCACUGGGGGCUGCAUUUAAGUACAUGCAUCGCUCAUUAAUUCUUGAAACGCUGAAUAUUCUGCUUCAAAUGCAGUGUAGACCAGAAUGGGAAAUUCGUCAUGGAAGCCUUUUGGGUAUCAAAUAUUUGGUUGCAGUUCGUCAGGAGAUGUUGCCUGAUUUGCUUGGCUAUGUUUUGCCAGCUUGUAAAGCUGGGCUUGAGGAUCCUGAUGAUGAUGUUCGGUCCGUCGCUGCAGAUGCUUUAAUACCAACAGCUGGUGCUAUUGUUUCUCUGAAGGGUCGAGCUUUGCAUUCCAUUAUUAUGCUACUUUGGGAUAUAUUGCUUGAUUUAGAUGAUCUAAGUCCAUCCACUAGCAGUGUGAUGAAUCUUUUGGCAGAAAUUUAUUCUCAGGAGGAUAUGAUUCCUAAGAUGAUAUCAAAAGAGAAACAAGAGUUAGAUCUGAAUGAAGUACUUAACGUUGAUGAUGCUGGAGAAGGAAGAGAUCUGCAGGAGAAUCCUUACAUGUUAUCAACGUUGGCGCCGCGAUUAUGGCCAUUUAUGAGGCACACUAUCACAUCGGUUCGAUAUUCAGCCAUUCGAACCCUGGAGCGAUUACUUGAAGCCAGUUAUAAAAGGAACAUCUCUGAGCCAUCUGGUACUUCAUUUUGGCCCUCUUUUAUUUUGGGUGAUACCCUUCGGAUAGUUUUUCAGAACCUGCUGCUUGAAUCCAAUGAAGAAAUUUUGCUAUGUUCAGAGAGGGUUUGGAGGCUACUUGUUCAGUGUCCAGUGGAGGACUUGGAAGCUGCUGCAAAUUCAUACAUGUCUUCUUGGAUGGAACUUGCAACUACACCAUUUGGUUCACCAUUGGAUUCUGCAAAGAUGUUUUGGCCUGUGGCUCCACCUCGAAAGUCUCAUUUUAAAGCAGCAGCUAAAAUGAGAGCUGUGAAACUUGAAAAUGAGUCUUGUAAAAUCAUCGGCAUGGAUUCCGGGAAGGAAACUAUUCCCCAGGAAAGAAACGGAGAUGCUUCUGCCAGCACAGUUAAGAUCAUUGUUGGUGCUGAUGGUGAGAUGUCAGUCACUAAUACUCGAGUGAUUACAGCAUCAGCAUUGGGAAUUUUUGCUUCUAAGUUGCGUGAAGGAUCUUUUCCAUAUGUAACAGAUGCACUGUGGAAUGCCCUUGCCUCUUUAUCUGGAGUCCAGCGGCAGGUGGCAUCCAUGGUUCUUAUUUCAUGGUUCAAAGAGAUCAAGAGCAAUGACCUGUCUGAAAAACACGGAGUUCUACCUGUUUUUCCUAACCAUAUCAAAAGUUGGUUGUUGGAUUUAUUAUCAGGUACUGACCCUACAUUUCCUACAAAAGAUUCUGUUCUUCCAUAUUCUGAGCUCUCAAGGACAUAUGCGAAGAUGCGCAGUGAGGCCAGUCAGUUAUUACAUGCCAUUGAGUCCUCUGGCAUGUUUGAGAAUAUAUUAUCAUCUAUUAAAGUAGACGUGGAAAGCUUGAGCACUGAUAAGGCAAUCAAUCUUGCUUCAAAGUUGCCUCCAUUAUGUAAUGACAGUACUGGGAAUGAAUCUAUAGGACGAAACAUUGUGGAUGAUAUUGAAUCAUCAAAGCACAGACUUUUAACAACUGCAAGCUAUUUGAAGUGUGUACAGAGUAACUUGCAUAUUACUGUCUCUGCUUUAGUUGCUGCUGCAGUUGUCUGGAUGUCAGAACUUCCUGCACGACUUAAUCCAAUUAUUUUGCCUCUGAUGGCCUCAAUCAAGAGAGAGCAGGAGGAAAUAUUGCAACACAAGGCUGCUGAGGCACUUGCUGAGCUAAUUUGUCGUUGUGUUGCACGUAAGCCUAGUCCGAAUGAUAAGUUAGUAAAGAAUAUUUGUAGCCUGACAUGUGCUGAUCCCUUAGAGACGCCUCAAGUUGGAGUCAUCAGUUCUAUGGAGAUUAUUGAUGAUCAAGAUUUUCUUUCCUUUGGGAAUAAUAUGGGAAAACAAAAGUCAAAGGUUCAUACCCUAGCUGGUGGCGAAGACAGGUCAAGAGUUGAGGGCUUCAUUAGCAGACGGGGUGCUGAACUUGCAUUGAAACAUUUGUGUGAGAAGUUUGGCGCUUGCUUAUUUGACAAACUUCCAAAACUAUGGGAUUGCCUCACUGAAGUUCUGAUGCCUGGAAGUCCUGCAGAUGAACAACUAAUUGCACAAAGUAUUGAGUCUGUGAAAGAUCCUCAAGUCCUUGUAAAUAAUAUUCAGGUAGUACGUUCUGUUGCUCCAUUGUUGGAUGAGACAUUGAAGCCUAAGUUGCUCACACUUCUUCCAUGCAUUUUCAAGUGUGUUCGCCAUUCUCAUAUUGCAGUUAGAUUGGCUGCUUCAAGGUGUAUCACUUCAAUGGCCAAGUCAAUGAUAACAAAUGUCAUGGCUGCUAUAGUUGAAAAUGCUAUUCCAAUGUUAGGGGAUGCUACUUCUAUUCACGCCAGACAAGGUGCUGGCAUGCUUGUUAGUUUUCUUGUUCAGGGAUUGGGUGUAGAUUUGGUACCAUAUGCUCCUUUAUUAGUUGUUCCUCUUCUACGGUGCAUGAGUGAUAUUGAUCACUCUGUUAGACAGAGUGUGACACGUAGUUUCGCUGCUCUUGUUCCUCUUCUUCCAUUAGCACGGGGUCUACCCUCUCCUAGCGGAUUGAAUGAGGGUCUAACAAGGAAUGCUGAAGAUGCUCAGUUUUUGGAGCAACUACUUGACAAUUCACAUAUUGAUGAUUACAAGCUUUUCACAGAACUGAAGGUGACAUUGAGAAGAUAUCAACAAGAGGGGAUUAACUGGUUGGCUUUCUUAAAACGUUUCAAACUUCAUGGUAUUCUCUGUGAUGAUAUGGGACUUGGUAAGACAUUACAGGCAUCAGCAAUUGUGGCAUCUGACAUUGCAGAGCGCCGUAGUAGCCAUGAGGAUAUUCAACCAUCAUUGAUUGUUUGCCCAUCAACACUUGUUGGACACUGGGCCUUUGAGAUAGAGAAGUAUAUUGAUGUUUCUGUAAUAUGCACGCUACAAUAUGCUGGCUCCACUCAAGAGCGUACAUCUCUUAGAGAACAAUUCAAUAAGCAUAAUGUUAUCAUUACAUCGUAUGAUGUGGUUCGCAAAGACAUUGAUUUCCUUGGGCAUUUUCUGUGGAAUUAUUGUAUUUUGGAUGAAGGGCAUAUAAUCAAGAAUGCGAAAUCUAAAAUUACAGCUGCAGUGAAACAGUUGAAAGCCCAACAUCGCCUAAUACUUAGUGGAACACCUAUUCAGAAUAACGUAAUGGAUCUAUGGUCUCUCUUUGACUUCCUAAUGCCAGGGUUUCUUGGGACAGAGAGACAAUUCCAAGCCACUUAUGGGAAACCUUUGUUGGCUGCUAGAGAUGCUAAAUGUUCUGCCAAGGAUGCUGAAGCCGGGGUGCUUGCCAUGGAAGCCUUGCACAAGCAGGUGAUGCCCUUUCUCCUUCGGCGAACAAAAGACGAAGUUUUGUCUGACUUGCCAGAGAAAAUCAUUCAGGACAGAUAUUGCGAUUUGAGCCCUGUCCAGUUAAAAUUAUAUGAACAGUUUUCUGGUUCACCUGCUAGGCAAGAGAUUUCAAGUAUGGUAAAACUGGGUGAGUCAACACAUAGUGAAGGACAUAGUGCUUCACCAAAAGCAUCUUCACAUGUUUUCCAGGCACUUCAAUAUUUGCUAAAACUUUGCAGUCAUCCAUUGCUUGUUGUUGGUGAAAAGAUGCCUGAAAUACUUGCAUCCCAGUUAUCUGAACUCUUUCCUGCAAGUUCUGACAUAAUCUCAGAAUUACAUAAGUUGCACCAUUCACCAAAAUUAGUUGCUCUCCAAGAGAUUCUGGAAGAGUGUGGCAUAGGUAUAGAUACUUCGAGUUCUGAGAAUGCUAUGAAUGUUGGGCAGCACAGAGUUUUGAUAUUCGCUCAACACAAGGCCCUGCUUGACAUUAUUGAAAGAGACUUGUUUCACUCCCAUAUGAAGAAUGUCACAUACUUGCGGCUGGAUGGAUCGGUUGAACCAGACAAACGUUUUGACAUUGUAAAGGCUUUUAAUUCAGACCCUACUAUUGAUGCCUUAUUGCUUACAACACAUGUUGGGGGCCUUGGUUUGAAUCUGACAUCUGCUGACACCCUUGUUUUCAUGGAGCAUGAUUGGAAUCCAAUGCGAGAUCUUCAGGCUAUGGACAGGGCACACAGAUUAGGUCAAAAGAAAGUUGUGAAUGUUCAUCGUCUCAUCAUGCGUGGCACAUUAGAAGAGAAAGUUAUGAAUCUCCAGAAGUUUAAAGUAUCUGUUGCUAAUGCUGUUAUUAAUGCAGAGAAUGCCAGCCUGAAAACAAUGAAUACAGACCAGUUACUUGAUUUAUUUGCAUCAGCUGAAACCAAUACAAAGGGAACUAUGACCUCAAAGCAUGCAGAUGGUAAGACCGACGGAGACCCUAAAUUAAUGGGCACUGGGAAGGGCUUAAAAGCUAUCCUUGGGGGACUGGAAGAGCUGUGGGAUCAAUCACAGUACACUGAAGAGUACAAUCUGACGCAGUUCUUAGCCAAGCUCAACGGGUGAACCGCAGUUACUGAUACUGUGUACAAAGUGUAUAGUUUUUGAGUUAGGAAAAGAAAUUUUGACAUUCUAAUGUUAGUUCUUUUUUUCCCCACCUUUAUUUUUGCCAUUUUUCUUUCCCCACAUUCAUUUUUUUUUUUCGAUUUCUCCAAUAUGCGUGAUUGAUGUGGGAGGCUGGGGAAAAGAUGGUUUUAGUGGUUGGUUCAAGAGCCUGACACAAGGGAUAUCAAAAUGUCAACCCAAAACGCAUCAGAUGGGAAAGAGAAAUUGUAAAGUUCGAAUAUUGUAUAUACGAUUAGCUUCUUUCUUAUUCUAAUCUAAAAAUCAAUCAUUUCAAA